AUGGAUUUCCUUCCUGUGAAAGGAGUUGAUGAGAAGCCCUUUGACCUAAACGACGGCGUUUUCGCUGUUAACGGAGUUCCUCUGCUCUCCGACGUUCCCGACAACGUCGUUUUCAGUCCCUUCUCGACGGUAUGUGUAACCUCGGUCUCCGACGCGCCUCCUGAGAUUGUCCAGCGCGUGGAGUCCACCUCCCUCAAAGGUGGGUUCUUCGGUUUCACCCAACAUGAACCGUCGGAUCGUCUGUCGAACUCUCUGGGGAGAUUCGACGGUCGUGAUUUCCUGAGCGUGUUCCGGUUUAAGACGUGGUGGUCGACCCAAUGGAUAGGGAAAUCCGGGUCGGAUCUCCAGUUGGAGACCCAAUGGAUCGUCCUCAACGUCCACGAAAUCAAAUCCUACGUCGUCGUCAUCCCCAUCAUCGAGAAAUCCUUCCGGUCAUCUCUGAACCCCGGAAAUGGAGGCCAAGUCAUCAUCACGGCGGAGAGCGGCUCCACCUCCGUCAAAGACUCGUCCUUCCGGGCAAUCGCGUACGUACACGUGUCCGACAACCCGUACAACCUCAUGAGAGAAGCGUUCAGCGCCAUUAGGGUUCAUCUCAACACGUUCAGGCUUCUGGAAGAGAAGCAAUUGCCUCGCAUCAUCAACAAGUUCGGGUGGUGCACUUGGGACGCUUGUUACUUAACGGUCGAACCGGCGAGUCUCUGGCAUGGCGUUAAGGAGUUCUGUAAUGGAGGGGCAUGUCCGAGGUUCGUCAUCAUCGACGAUGGUUGGCAGAGCAUCAACUUCGACGGCGAUGAUUCUGGUAAUGACGCAAAGAAUCUCGUUCUUGGCGGUGAACAGAUGACAGGAAGGCUUCACCGUUUGGACGAAGGUGAAAAGUUCAGAAGGUACAAGGGUGGGUCUUUGUUGUCUGAAAACGCUCCUCCUUAUAAACAGGACAAGCCCAAGAUGUUGAUCAACAAGGCCAUCGAGAUCGAACGAGCCAUGAAGGAGAAGAACAACCUGGUCGAGGCCGGUGAAACUGAUUUGGAGUGUCUGAAUCUGAAAAUCCAGAUGCUGAAACAAGAACUUGAAGAGAUAUUCAUGCAAGAUUCAGACAAGGAGGAGUUAUCAUCAUCAUCCUGUUGCAGAUCUGAGGAGAACUGUGUGGAAAACACUGGACUAGAGGCUUUCACCAGAGACUUAAGAACAACCUUCAAGAAUCUGGAUGACAUCUAUGUGUGGCAUUCGAUUAGCGGUGCUUGGGGUGGUGUGAAGCCAGGGAUCGAAGGUCUAGACAUUGAAGUUGUUCCAUGCAAUCUAUCUCCUGGUCUGGACAGGACAAUGCCGGAUCUGGCCGUAGACAAGAUCGUUGAAGCCGGUAUUGGCCUUGUUCAUCCUUCCCAGGCCAGGAAAUUCUACAACUCUAUGCAUUCUUAUCUUGCAAAUGCUGGAAUCACCGGUGUCAAAGUCGAUGUCAUUGAAAAACUCGAGUAUGCCUCGGAGGAUUACGGAGGAAGGGUGGAGCUUGCAAAGGCGUAUUACGAUGGAUUAACGGAUUCCAUGAUUAAGAAUUUCAGCGGAACUGAACUUCUCGCCAGUAUGCAACAAUGCAAUGACUUCUUCUACCUCGGAACUAAGCAAAUCUCAUUCGGAAGAGUCGGGGAUGAUUUCUGGUUCCAAGAUCCAAAUGGUGACCCAGAAGGCGUGUAUUGGCUGCAAGGGGUGCAUAUGAUACACUGUUCGUACAACAGCCUAUGGAUGGGUCAGAUGAUUCAUCCGGACUGGGACAUGUUCCAGUCGGACCACGUCUGUGCCAAGUUCCACGCCGGUUCGAGAGCCAUCUGCGGUGGACCGGUCUACCUGAGCGACUCACUCGGUCAUCAUGACUUUGGUCUCAUCAAGCAGCUUGUCUUCCCCGAUGGAACCAUCCCAAGAUGCAUCCACUAUGCACUUCCCACCAGGGAUUGCCUCUUCAAGAACCCUCUCUUUGAUCAAGAGUCUCUCCUCAAGAUCUUCAACUUCAACCAGUAUGGAGGUGUAAUAGGAGCAUUCAACUGUCAAGGAGCAGGCUGGGACCCAGAGAAGCGGAGAAUCGUGGGACACAAGGAAUGUUACAAACCAGUUCAAGGAUCAGUUCAUGUCACUGACAUCGAAUGGGACCAAAGCCCACGCAUCCCUUCUUCCGACAUGACCGUACCCGAUCGGUACAUUGUGUACUUGCAGCAAUCCCAACGGAUCCUCUUCGCCACCCUUACCUCCGACCCCAUCGAAAUUACCAUAAUGCCCUCUUCGUUCGAGCUCUUCAACUUCGUCCCUGUUCGUCGCUCGGGGGCUGGCGUGGAAUUCGCCCCGAUCGGGCUGACCGACAUGUUGAAUUGUGUCGGAACGAUCCAAGAGCUGGAGAUGGAUGGUUCGGAUGUCAGGAUCCGAGUGAAGGGAGAAGGCAAGUUUUUGGCGUAUUCGGGCAAAGCUCCCAAAGAGUGUGCGGUGAAUGGAGAGAGUGUCGAGUUUGGUUGGGAAACUGAGACUGGAAAGCUGAGCUUCGACGUUGAAUGGGUCGAGGAGGUCGGUGGAGUCUCCGACAUCGUUUUGGUCUUCUAGUCGCUUGAAUUUUCAGCAGAACACUAUGACUAUUUGCUAAAUUAGUGAUUACCAAGUACGGAUUUGCUGUUAUUUUCUACGUUCGGAUAUGAGAAGUUUGUGUUUUUCUCUUA